AUGGCUGACAUGACAACAUUGAUAGUUAUCAGUUCCUUUAUCAUGUUCCCAGCUGUGAUGAUGGCACAGGAAGUUGUAAACCAUGGAGGUAAUGACUAAUGACAUCAGGACCAAAAUUUUAUUGCGCACCUAUUUGUAGGCAUUAUGUUUAAGCACCCUGUUGCUGUUUCAUAUACAGAAAGCUGUCAAAAAAUCAUUCUGAAGUAAAAAAAAAAAUGAAAUAGUGAUUUUUACCCAUAAAAAAUGUGCGAUCAAGACUUCAAAACGAGCCAGACGCCUUCGUUCAAGACUGAUCCUCUCUUUUACUUUCUUAAUAGAUUUUCAAUGAAUUUGUAUGUUAGAAAAUCGUGCUAUUAUUAUUAUUAUUAUUAUUAUUAUUAUUAUAAUCGUCAUCUUCAUUUUUCUAUUGUUAUCAAAUUAUAAUUAUUCCUGUUCCUAUCCUACCGUGGCGAAGGUUUAUAAUAUGGAGCUUAUAAAGCAACAACGACGGCAACGGUUACAAAAACGUCAAUAUUGAUAUCUGUAUUGUAACUCUGGUUAUUGACCUGAUUGGUUAAUUAAGUCUCGAUGUGAUUGGUCCUGGUCAGUUAAGCCGUAAUGUUAUUGGUUAUGAAGACUCGGGUCGUUUCGAUCGGUCUUUUGUCACAGUUUAACUGCGACGAUCCAGCGACAAGAAAUGGUGAUGUCAACAAUCACACUUCUUAUUGAUGAACAUGCCCCAUUUCCAGGCGAAAAAUUAAAUCGACCAGGACUUUGCGACACGUAUUACGCAUUCUACAGACUACCAUAACUAGAACUCAUCUUAGAAAGCUGGCUUACAAAAUUAGACCAAAAGCCACUGGAAUCGCAGUCAACAGGCACAGUACAAACGACUUAUGGCGGACUCAAGCAAAACUGACAAAAACAGAAGUGACUUUAUAGGCAAGAGACAAUUUGACUAACAAUAAACGACUGUAACAACAAACGACUUUGACUAUGAAGAUGACUACCCGACACAGUCCUAUUCAGGACUACACCCUGACGAUCAUGCUCCACCUACUUAUGGAUUUAUAAUUACUGUUCAUUUAUUGUUUUGCUGUUUCGCAAGUUUGUCCCGUUCCGAUGAAUAAAGAAGAAGAAGAGAUAAUUAAAGAGCAGGAAAGAAACAGAGAAGAAAUGGAAGAGAUCAUGAGAGAGAUUGAAAUCAGUUGUUUAGGUGAGUGAUAAAAAACCAUGGGAUGAAUAUUUAAGUACAAGUAAAAAUAACUUAAGGAGGGUUGGGGUCGUUUUUGUCAUACAAAGAACAAUGUAAAUUAUACAUUUCUGAACCCGUUCUCUUCAUUGAAAGCGUUGUCGCUCGUUGGACGAAAAAAGUCCCACCCGGAUACCCGGGGGGUGAGGGGGGGGUACUCCGGAUUUCAAGGGACAGAUCCUUAGAGCUUUUGUUCCAACGCCUACUCUCCAUUGUAUAAACAACGCUCCUCAUUCAAUCUCAAUUCGAUUAUAGUGAUAUUGUCUGGGGUAAUUGUGGAAAAACUUUGUUUGACAGGCUACAGAAGCUUCAGAACCGUGCUGCUCGUUUUCUAACCUUUUCUAGAUAUGAUGCUGAUGCCAACCGCUUAUUUAAACAACUUAAUUGGAAAGACUUGAGCACUCAGGUUCAAGUACAAAAAGCCCUGAUGGCUCACAAGUCUUUAAAUGAUCUUGUUCCAGGAUAUUUAUCCUCUAAAUUGUUAAACGAUGUGAAACGCGCUACUCCCUAAGGGACUCUGUUAACAAACUGAGUGGGAACUAACUUCAUGAAGAAAAGCUUCAGUUAUAGGGGAGAAGUGAUACGAGAGGGCUAAAUUUUUAACAAUACCAAGUAACCGCACUGAAGCACACGUACCAUCACUGCGUUAUGGCCAGUACCUUCUGUAUGCGCACAACUAUAUCACCCGAUCAGUGGCAGCUCUGGACAGCUGGUUCACUCUUAUUGGGGCUCAUCAGCUUGGCAUAGCCGUUGGGUCACUUGGCGGGGGAUAGUUGGCGUAAUAAAGGCCAUUUACUGCCGAAGCGAAUGCAAGCACUGCUUUAAGCGCCAGCUCCACCGUAAACAAGUGGUAGCUGUUGGUUGGGAACUGCAAAGCAGUUUUCCCACGGCAUGCUUAUGGAGAUGGUAUCAGAAAAAUUGACCUGUGUGCUCAAAUAAAUUUGAAACAAUACCAAUUAACUGCAUUGAAGCACACGUUUCAACUCCGCGGUAUGGCCAGUACUUUACGCAUGAGCACAACCAUGAGCCCCAAUAAGGGCGAAACAGCUGUCCAUGGCUGCCAAUGCCGGGGUGAUAUGGUUGUGCGCAUGCGUAAGGUACUGGCCAUACGGCGGAGUUGGUACGUGUGCUUCGGUGCAGUUAAUUGGUAUUGUUUCUAAAUCUUUAAGUCAAUUUAAACGAUUGGCUCAUCUGAAUUUCUUAUUUUUUAAGUACUGUGUACACGGCAUUCAUGAAAAACAGGUCUUAGUUAGGUUAGUUAUAUAUACAGUUGUGCAUAUUGUUUAGGGUAGUUAGGUUUAUUUAAGAUCUUUUAUACUCCUGAUAAAUUUUAACGUGUUUAAAUAAAGAAUUAUUCUUUUCUAUUCCUGUCAGCUGAAAUCCGGAGUACCCCCUCCACCCCCCUGACACGGAUGCAAAACCGGAAGUCACUGGACAGUGUACAGGGGCACCCAACGGGAACUUUUAAAACAACAACAAAGCAUGAAUAAAGCUUUCUGAAGCCAUUUUAAGCAUUUUGAGAGAUUGCUACUAUAAAUUAAUCUGUUCCUCACUCCCAGGAAGACUGAUGGAAGAGUUCCUAGCCAGCAAGGUGUACCUACAACCUGAAACCUGGCUUACUGGACGCUUCCCAGCAGACGUAUGUCCAGACAUUACUGGCCAGUUUUGGUGUGGUCAUGGGACAAAGUUCACUCCUCAGCAGUGGGGGUGGGGGAGGGGUUUCUGAUCCAUGACACAUAGUAACUAUUCUAAACAUCAAAUCCCCUCAGACACAUCUUUUUCUUAGCAACACUUUCCCUCCAAGGACAUAUUAUUUCUUCCACAUCUCCCAGCCAGCAAAAAUUGGCCUGCAGAACAGAUAUUUUGAGGAACAGAUCCAUUGGGUGCCCCUGAGUGUAGCCUAGCAGCACUAUACGAUGCGUCCUUAGGAGUACAAAGUUUCUUGAUUGAAGUUUUAAGACUAACGUUCCAAGUCCUUAAACAAACUUGUUUAGUAAAUCACGCCGUGGUUGGUGACAUUGAACGAAGAGUAUUCAUAGAUUAUAAUAAUUUGAACUCAAUUGAACUGUUGCAAAUAAAUAAUUUAAUCAACUCUUGAUGGGCUGAAAGUGAAAACUGACUUUGCAGGUGGAUUACUUUACGUCAAAUAAAAUCUUAUACCUAACUUCCAGUUGUUGAUUUGUAGAUGAGUGUAAAACAGGACAACAUAACUGCCACAAUGAUGCAUACUGCACCAACACCAAGGGUUCCUUCACUUGUACUUGUAAGCCAGGAUAUACUGGGGAUGGUGUUAACUGUGCAGGUAGCAAACCAUUCAGAGCUUAAACUAACAGGAUUUCAUCUUUAGUUUUAUGCUAUUCCAUACCAUAGAGAUUAGAGCCAAUCAGAAAGCUGGAAACCGGUUUCAUAUUUGGUCAGUGGUAUGUCACAGAUCGAUAGUUUCUUGGUGUUGUGGACGGGUGCAACCACAAAAUGACGUAAUACAAAAGAUUAAAAAGACACUGAACAAUAUCCACACCACAUAACAAUAGCUAACCAACAAUAGUUUCCUCAUCACCAAGAAACACCCCACGGGUCGUAUUCAUGAAAAAUGUUGGUGUUAGUUGCAGCCUCCGGAUCCCUGUAGCCAGCGAACAGGCUCAAAACUCCCCCAGCGAAAGCUUUCCAAGUGUGCAACAUGUAAAACUGAGUCGACAUAAAAAUCGAACAAAGUCAGUUGCGAUUGAUAAUUCAGCAUUAACUCUUGAUUGCAGACAUAAACGAGUGUCAGACUGGAUACCACCUAUGUGACGCCGAUACUUCAGUGUGCGUUAACGCUAAAGGAUAUUACAAGUGUGUUUGCAAAAAAGAAUAUAAACAUAAAUGUACAGGUAAACAUACCACCGAGCACUUUAAAAUAUGCUAAUUGAAAUGUAUACUUUAAUAAUGUCUUCUUCUUUUCUCGGGUUUACGUGGGGUGAAUCAGGUUCAAAUGAUAAACGCAUCGACAAAAUAGGAACGUGGACGGUACAUUAUGAUGCUUUUUAAAACAGAUCUACGGUUUGAUAAUUCAGCGUUAACUCUCUUAAUUUGCAGACAGAAACGAAUGUGAGACAGGAAAAUACAACUGUAAUGCCACCAGUUCAUUGUGCCGUAACACUAAACGAUCCUUUUAGUGUGCUUGCAGGGAAGGGUAUUUCGAAAGUGCCGUUGUUUAGUAAAUCCCGCCGUGGUUGGUGACAUUGAACGAAGAGUAUUCAUAUAGAUUAUAAUAAUUUGAACUCAAUUGAACUUUUGAAAAUAAAUAAUUUAAACAACCCUUGAUCGGCUGAAAGUGAAAACUGACUUUGCAGGUGGAUUACUUUACGUCAAAUACGUUCUUAUACCUGGAGAGGAUAAAGGGAACAGAGAAGGCAUCCCCCAUACACACCCUAUUCCAUAGAUAAUUCGUCUCGAGUUAUUUUUAGAAUCGGGAUAAAGUUACCUCGCGUGCUGCGUGGAUGUUUCGUGGAGGUUUCGCAUGACUACACGCCGUGCAAAACACGUCGGGCGAAAGGCAAUGAAAGCGUAAAGAGAUCGAGAGCAUCCCUGAAUAUUGACGCGAAAUGAGUCGGCGCUCACCUGGGAAAAGGGAAUCGCUGGACUCUUUGACAACCCGUCAAAUCAGUUCAACUCGAAGUUGUCGUAACCCCAGUGCUUAAAUACAAUGAGAAAUUUCGCCGGUCUAUUGAAACCGGUCGUUUGUACAAUAAAGCAAGUAGGCCGCUAAGUGUUAUUUUUGUUCAAUAAUAAAAGAAUAAAUAUCAAACCAGAAAUUGCUCUCUUCAAACUGUAAAUUAUAAAUGAUCCAGAGAGAAUAUUCAGGGUGUUGAGGAUUUCCCUGCUGUACUGUUGGCCCUAUACAAGAGAGGAAGGGCGAUUCUUUUUUAAUUUCCGUCUCGCUGACACAGCUUUAGCAGGAAUCUCUCUGUAGUCGUUUUCGUCGCCAAAACGAAUGGCAAUAUCGCUCUCCGCGUCUUGCGCCAUUUUGGUCUACGUCAAUUCGUGAAGGACACGCGGCUCUGAGCGUGGGUCAUCGACGCGACACACAUUCGCGCUAUGUGAUUGGUUGUUGUCUAAUCCCCCUUCGGAUCUGCGGUCUUAAAAAUAACUCAUUACCUAUUACGAAUUACCUAUGGAAUAGGGUGUGUAUGGGGGAUGCCUUCUCUGUCACCUUUAUCCUCUCUUGCUUAUACCUAACUUCCAUUUGCUGAUUUGUAGAUAAGUGUAGAACAGGACGACAUAACUGCCACGAUGAUGCAUACUGCACCAACACCAAGCGUUCCUUCACUUGUAUUUGUAAGCCAGGAUAUACUGGGGAUGGUGUUAACUGUGCAGGUAGCAAACCAUACAGAGCUUAAACUAACAGGAUUUCAUCUUUAGUUUUAUUCUAUUCCAUACCAUAAAGAUUAGAGCCAAUCAGAAAGCUGGAAACCGGUUCCAUAUUUGGUCAGUGGUAUGUCUCUGAUCGGUAGCUUCUUGGUGUUGUGGACGGGUGCAAUCACAAAAUGACGUAAUACAAAAGAUUAAAAGGACACUGUACAAUAUCUACACCACAUAAAAAUAGCUAACCAACAAUAGUUUCCCCGUUAUCGAGAAACACCCCACAGGUCGUAUUCAUGAAAAAUGUCUGGUGUUAGUUGCAGCCUCCAGAUCACCCGUAGCCUGCGAACAGGCUCACAUGUGCGUUUUUGAGGGACAAUCGGGCGUGCACAUUUCCUAGCCCUAUUAUUCUCGUUGGCUUUGUCUGCUUGAGCCGCCAAAAUUUUCCUUUCGCGGGCUAAAAUUCCCCCAGCGAAAGCUUUCCAAGUGUGCAACUUGUAAAUUGGUUUAUCAUUUGUAUUUUUUAGUCAUUUGGCAUUCAAUCUAACUUUCUUUUUUGUUUUGUCUAUAAAAAUAUGAUAUAUAUCUAUCCUCAUUGGAUAGAAUCGACACAAAAAUCGAAACCGAUUGAUAAUUCAGCAUUAACUCUUGAUUUGCAGACAUAAACGAGUGUGAAACUGGAAACCACCAAUGUGACGCCGAUACUUUAGUGUGCGAUAACACUAAAGGAUCUUACAAGUGUGUCUGCAUGCCGGGUUUUUCCAAAAGUGGACAUGAACAUAAAUGUACAGGUAAAUAUACAACCGAGCACUUCAAGAUAUCAAUUGAAAUGGAUACUUUAAAAAUGUCUUCUUCUUUUGUCGAAUUUAAGUGGGGUGAAUCAGGUUAAAAUGAUAAAAGCAUCGUCAAAAUAGGAACGUAUACGGCAUAUUAUGAUACUUAACAGAUCUACAAUUUGAUAAUUGAGCAUUAACUCUUAAUUUGCAGACAUAAACGAGUGCGAGACAGGAAAACACAACUGUAACGCCACCAGUUCAUUGUGCCAAAACACUAAAGGAUCAUUUAGGUGUGUUUGCAGGGAAGGGUAUUCCAGAAGUGUACCUGAAGAUAAUUGUACAGGUAAAUAUACUACCGAGCACUUCAAGAUAUGUUGAUUGAAAUGGGUACUUAAAUAUAUCUUCUUUUUUACAAUGUUCCUCAGUUUUCGCAUGCUAAAUUCCCCCAGCGAAAGCUUUCCAAGUGAGCAACAUGUAAAUUGGUUUAUCGUUUGUAUUUUUUUAGUUAUUUGGCAUUCAAUCUAACUUCCUUUUUUGUUUUGUCCACUAUAAAAAUUUAUCGUUCUUUUGACCAUAAAAAUAUGAUAUAUAUCUAUCCUCAUUGGAUAGAAUUGACACAAAAAUCGAACCCGAUUGAUAAUUCAGCAUUAACUCUUGAUUUGCAGAAAUAAACGAGUGUGAAACUGGAAACCACCAAUGUGACGCCGAUACUUCAGUGUGCGAUAACACUAAAGGAUCUUACAAGUGUGUCUGCAUGCCGGGUUUUUUCAAAAGUGGACAUGAACAUAAAUGUACAGGUAAAUAUACAACCGAGCACUUCAAGAUAUCAAUUGAAAUGGAUACUUUUAAAAUGUCUUCUUCUUUUGUCGAAUUUAAGUGGGGUGAAUCAGGUUGAAAUGAUAAAAGCAUCGUCAAAAUAGGAACGUAUACGGCAUAUUAUGAUGCUCAACCGAUCUACAGUUUGAUAAUUCAGCAUUAAUUCUUAAUUUUCAGACAUAAACGAGUGCGAGACAGGAAAACACAACUGUAACGCCACCAGUUCAUUGUGCCAAAACACUAAAGGAUCAUUUAGGUGUGCUUGCAGGGAAGGGUAUUCCGGAAGUGUACCUGAACAUAAUUGUACA